CCCGGCGUGUCACACGAGGCAGGUCUGAGUUCAAAGGUUGAACGCAGUUGCGCUCUCGCGAGCUUCGUUCUCUGUUUUCAUAACAUAACACAUUUUUAGAUUUUACUAGACGUUUUUCGAAAAUAUCCAAGCGCUGCAUAGAAUGCUGGCUACAGGAGCAGCUGUAACCACGGCUCUGGCCCAAGUGGAUAGGGAAAAGAUAUACCAGUGGAUCAACGAGCUGUCCAGCCCAGAGACCCGCGAGAAUGCCCUGCUUGAGCUCAGUAAAAAACGGGAGUCCGUGCCAGAUUUGGCUCCAAUGCUAUGGCACUCAUGUGGAACUAUAGCUGCUCUCCUGCAGGAAAUUGUCAACAUCUACCCCUCAAUAAACCCCCCAACCCUCACCGCUCACCAGUCCAACAGAGUAUGCAACGCAUUAGCACUUCUGCAGUGUGUAGCCUCUCAUCCAGAGACAAGAUCGGCAUUUCUGGCAGCGCACAUUCCUCUAUUCCUGUACCCCUUCUUACACACGGUCAGCAAAACACGACCAUUUGAGUACCUCCGACUCACCAGCCUAGGAGUCAUCGGUGCCUUGGUCAAAACAGAUGAGCAGGAAGUGAUCAACUUCCUGUUGACAACAGAAAUCAUUCCCCUGUGCCUUCGCAUAAUGGAGUCUGGCAGUGAGCUUUCCAAAACGGUAGCAACUUUUAUACUACAGAAAAUACUCCUUGAUGACACAGGGCUGGCAUACAUUUGCCAAACGUAUGAACGCUUCUCCCAUGUGGCCAUGAUACUUGGCAAAAUGGUUCUUCAGCUCUCCAAAGAGCCCUCUGCUCGUCUUUUGAAACAUGUUGUCCGCUGUUACCUACGCCUGUCAGACAACUCCAGCCCCCACACCAGAGCUCGAGAGGCCCUCCGUCAGUGUCUACCAGACCAGCUUAAAGACACCACGUUUGCCCAAGUCCUGAAGGACGAUACCACCACCAAACGCUGGUUGGCACAGCUGGUGAAGAACCUACAAGAAGGCCAAGUCACAGACCCCAGAGGCAUCCCUCUGCCCACACAGUAGCUCCCCUUACCUUUUCAGCAGGGUUGCACAAUUAUGGUAACUGUCCCAUGAUUCCCACGUUUACCUAGACUUUCCUAGGAAUUUUCCAAAUUAGAUUUAUUUCAAACUUGGGAAUUUUGCCAAAGUUACUGGAAUUUUGCAACCCUACGUACCAUGCAGCUGCACUGAGUGACACCCACCAGCAAGGACCCAGCUUCCAGAAACAGGAAAAAGCCACCAGUUUGAAUGACGAACGGACUCAUAAAGGGGCACUUAUUUUGUGAAGAAAGACUGUAUUGAAUGAAAGCUCUACACUCAGCUGUUUUCUUACAGUAUCUUGCAUUCGGAUCAAACUGCCUGCCCGAUCUCCAGAAGUGUAUGAAUGCGUUUUCACUUGGUCUCAAACUAUUAGUUAUAUAUAUUUUUUUUCUCAAGGACAUUUGGAGUCUUCACUUCACUAAGUGUUCUGAAAUUGAAGUAGACGGCACAAUAAAAUGUUACACCUUGA